AUGGAUGUGAAUUUGAAGUUUGAUUCCGAGGUGCGCGCUCAAGAGAGCCGUCCUGCGGAUCCAGACAAGACAGAGAAGAAACGAGCUGAGGCACAUGCAUCGUCUCGUCCCGGCAUUUCUAGCCGAAUUCAUAAACGAAAAAUGCCGGUACGCCGUCCAACAGCGUAUGUGUCCGAUAAGAAUUCUAACGAU